CUUAUUUACUGCCGGCUUAGUGGACGUGAGCCAGGUCUGAGAGAUCAUUCAGGUGUUUCUGUUUCCUUUUACUGGAUUAAGGACCAUGGCAGCAGCAGGUUGGGUCUUCUUUCUGGCUGCACUCUCGUCUGUUGGAUUUACAGAGACACACAACCACAAUGGGGUGAUAGAUGUCUACCAUGUAAGUGCUGGACAUCUCUUCUUGCUGAGGUGUCCCAAUACUGAUUCUAUCACCAACAUAACCUGGAGAAGAGAGGGAAGGCAUAACCUGAGCCUGCCUGCAGGAGUGGAAGUGAGAGACGGGCUCCUGUGGUUUCUACCAGUGCAGGUUUCUCAUAAUGGAUCCUACACAUGUGAGAAAAGGGAUGAGACCGGUUUCUAUGGAAUUACAAUUGGGGUGUCAGUGUCCAGUGCACAGUGUCCUCAUCCACCGGAGACCAUACCUGUUCGCGAAGGAGUCAAUGACGGUCUCCCUUGCAAACAGAGAGAGAUCUUUGGACUGAAUAAACCAAGGAACAUACGGUGGUUGAAGGACUGCGGCCCUGUGCAGCGGCAGGGGGAACCCAUGAAUGUGCACGAGGACGGCUUCAUGAGACUGCCAUCAAUCUCACAGAAGGACGCUGGGAUUUACACCUGCCUGGUGGACAUCAGCUUGGACGGCAAGAACUACACGUCUGCACGCAGCAUCAAGCUAACCACCUACAACAAGCCGAUUAAUCCUGAGCCGACGGUUGUGAUUGCUCAUCAGGAAGUGGUCGUGGUUGAAGUGGGCACGAAAGUGGAGCUCAAGUGUUACGCCUACAUCGGCUUCAGCGAGGACAACGAGACUCUCAUUUACUGGACAGUCGACGGGACCUUCGCUGAUGGCUAUGAGGAGUUCCAAGAGUCCAAGGAACAUUCUAAUGACGGUGGCCAGUUAUACAGUGUGACCACUCUGUCCAUCUCUAAAGUUCUCCGCUGGUUCCUGGACGUCCCCAUCGGCUGCCAUGCAAUGACCACAGAUGGUGUGAAAGUCAGCUAUGUGCGGCUUCAGGAAGCCGACCACAGUGCCCUCUACACCAGCGUGGCUCUCUGCAUCCUCAUCCCGCUGACUGUUCUGCUCCUGGCUGUAGCCCUCCUCUUCUUUAAAGUCGACCUGGUGCUGGCUUACAGGAAACUGUCUGGACGCUUUUCCAAACAGCAAGCUCCAGAUGGGAAGCUCUAUGACGCCUAUGUGAGUUUCCUCCAUCCUGAAACAGUGAAUUCAUCAGAGAUAGAGAAGUUCGCCCUGCAGAUUCUGCCAGAGGAGCUGGAGAACAAACAUGGCUACUCCCUGUACAUCAGAGGACGAGACGACUCCCCGGGAGAAGCGGUGCAUGAUGCCAUAGCUGCCACACUGAGCCAGUGCUGCAGACUCAUAAUCAUCCUAUCACCUGUGGCAAAGUCCUGCAGUGACGUCAAAACAGAAGAAGUUCCCUUAAGUGACAACCUGAACCAACUGUCCUACGAGCAUAAAGUCGGCCUGUACAACGCUCUGACGCAGAACAGCUCGAGAGUAAUUCUGGUGGAGAUCGAUGGUCCAGUGGAUUACAGUCUCUUACCAGAGUCUCUGUGCUACAUCAAGAGGAAACAAGGAGCCCUGAAGUGGAGGAAACCCUCAGCUGAAAACAACACACUCAGCAAAUCACACUCAAACAGAAACCUGUGGAAGGAUCUGAGGUAUCACAUGCCGUCAGUGCCUGUCGGGAAACUCAGGACUGUGGUCUAAACAAAGACGACUGGAAAGAUGUUGGACUAUGUGGAAACGAGAUAGCAAGACCAUCAUCUGUUCCUGGAUAUCUGUGAACAAAUAUUGGAUUCAUUGCAAGCAGAGGGAGUAUCCUCGUUUUAUAGCAUCAGAUAACUGAACUGAACUCUGAACAAUGGACACUUGGAUUCAUGAGAACAGAUACCAUGUUGACUCAUGUUCUACAGUACUGAGUAGGUGGGUUUUUGGCCGAUACUGCAGCCAUGUGCUGUCCAUGUUUAUACAACCAGUGAUCACACAUGGAGGUCUACCUGAUGAGUGUGGGACCAUUUAACCUCUUUGGACUUCUUGUUGAAUGUUAAUGUAACAGUUUGGCAUUGUUUAUAUUGUGUCCACUGCAAACACCAUGUUAAAUAUUGCUGCUUGA